AUGCAGGGUCUCAACGAGGACGUCGUCUGCGAGUUCCUGGCGGCCCACCCCGACGUCCUCGAGCGGAUUGUCACCGGACCCACCGUCACUCGCGAAACCUUCCAGCGAUGGUCUCUUCGUCGCGCCUCGCUCACCCGCAAGCAUUCCCGCAAAGACUUCGGGGUCAGCAACACUUCCUGCUCAGUAGAACUCCAUUUACCGCUAUCCCGAAGAAGAGUUAUCUCGAAAAUGAUUUAAUUUGGCACCUCAAAUAACUGAUAAGAAGCAUUUUUUGACUAGCUGAAGUCAUUACAGAGAUCAUGUCCGAUGUGCUUCCAUAUUCACAAUCUAUGAGAAACAAACUAAUUUUUUUCAAAGUGAGCUCUUGAAUGCUUCAUAAGUUCCAAUACCUCAAUUGUUGUGCAUAACCCAGAACCAGCUCAGUCGGAUUUACGGAGACAGAACCAGAAUAGGUUUAAAAGGGGCUAUCCGCGUUCGUCUAGCCUGAACUCCUUGAAAACCCAAGUUAGCUGUUUUUUUCAUUAGUUUCUUGAAAAGAAAAAAACCUUUGAAAUGAGUUCUUGGGAAAAAAAGAUGAGAAAUUAAUAAUAAAAUGAGUCAUGAGAAACAUUAGCGAACUCACUUCAAUCUGAAAAAAAUGUCCAAAAAAAUAAUAAAGACAUGAAAUAUGAACAGGAAUUCCUUCAAUCGAGUUGAGGUAAGCAAGUUGAUAAUUAUUUUACUUUUGAAUUUUGAAAAUAAUUGAUUUUGUUUUUGAUUUUUCAAAACAGCUUUAAUAUUUGAAGGCUUCAAGCAUACAUGGGCGGACCAUUUUUUAAGGCUGCCGGCCCCUUCCCCCAAGUUUUAACAAUUUAAAGUCAAUACUACCUCCAGAAGUUAAAAACCUAAGUCAAUUUUUUGUCAUUACGCGAUGAAACUUAUUUUCAUACUUUUUUGAAACUUUUUCGCAGGUCAACCGCUCUUCCCUUACGGAUUCUUUACCUGCCCAUAUAUGGUUUCAAGAGAUUUUUUUCCGAAUUGAUGAGCAUGGCCUUUUCAGGACGCAACUCUGGAGUCACGGCGUCGUGCGAUUCUGGACCACGCUGACAAUAGAGUGAGUCGAAGAAUAUUAUAGAAAAGUGAACGAGACUCCAGGUUCGUAUCCUCUACGAAUUGUCUCAGUUCUGUGCGCAACUUGUCGGAACCGAGGCUGUAGAGCUUGUCAUUCAGAACAACGAGGGAGCGUUCACCUGCAAGAAAACAAGCGAGGGCGAGCUCAAACUUCGCAAGGCCAGUUUCUUCUCUAACAAUGCUCUUUGGUUGACUUGUCUUGAACUUUCUUCCACAUUAGUUUUGAAAGUUUCAAUAAUGACAGUUUGAAAAAAAAAUUUCCGGUUUCAAUUUUCAGCUCAAGAAACAUCGCAAACCGGCUAGUUACGUCCAGAGUAUCAUCAACUGCGCUCAUCAAACAAUUGGUACAUUUUUCAUAUUUAUUUUUCCAACCAAAGAAGUCAGGUUGAGCGAGCGAAAUUCGUUUUUUUUUCUUUAAAUCAAGCGCUAAUUUCUCGAGUAUAAUAGAACUUGUACACAGAUAAUUAAGGACACGCAAAAUAUCACUAUACCAACCGAAAUCUGAGCAUGAUAAUUUUUGCCCAGAGUAACAUUUCGAGAUGAAAAUUUGCAAUUUUUAAUAAAUAGAAAGUUUUCAUGACGACAAAAACUUAGAUGACAACAGAAAAAAUUGAAAUUAGAAAGAAACGAGAAAAGACUCAGGCACUGGUGCGCGCACGCGCAGGGGGUACUGAUUCUUUUUUUCGCCUUUUCCACUGAAAUAAGGUUUUUGAAAUAUUUUUUUUAUAUUUUUUUGAUAUUACCCAGUGCCCCUGCUCACGUUUUAAAGUUGUUCCGAGCACUUUCGAACAAAUUUAUGAAAAAAAGUUGCCAAGUGAAACUUUGAUAUUUCACAUUUUUUUGUGCAAUCUAAUUGUUAUAAACUGGUGCAGAGCAAUGUUAAGAGAUGAACAGACAUAAAAAAUAUUAAAUUUAUAACUUUUUCAAUUAGUUAAAAAGCUAAAAAACAAAAGAGACACCCCGCGCGUGCGCGCAGCAGGCGGCGCGCAUGCGCACUUUUGGCAACAAACACGCGCCGUCAGUGCCUGAGGAAAAGCAAAAAUCCGAAAAAUGGCGAAGCGUGUUGUCCAUAGAGCAACUUUACUGCACAACGCCCUUUGAUUCAAACUUUUCUCUCACCGACUUUGAAUAAUUUUUUUCUCUGAAACUAGGAAAUUAUGUACGUUUCCAAGUUUACCGUUCGACAGGCAAAAAAAGCUCUACAAAAUAGCGUAUUUGCCUCGAACCCCAUUUUUUGCUCCCCCUGUGCCUUUGAUGAAGGAAGAAUAAGUGGAAAAUAGACUGGAGCAUUACGAAGCUGGUUGCAGGAGAACUCCAUUUCUUCGUUCCGGUUCCGGAAACAGAAAAGCGAUGGCUGAACACGCUGUGCAUGUGGGCGUCUUCCGUCAACUAUUUCGCCGAGGUCAGCACUGUUAAAGACUCACUGAUGACUGCUCUUCUAGCUUCUGUACGAUGGAAUUUUCGAUUACAGUUGUCGACACACGCGUUGGCCUCCAAUGGAACAGAAGAGACGCACGACAACGUGGCGAGGCAGCGGAAACUGGCCAACUUUCUUCUCGACGUCGCCAAGUCUAUUUUCCACGACAUCGUCUCAAUGGAUUCGGUCAUCAUCAAGGUUAUGGUAAGGUGGUCAGAUUUGUGAUUUUUUGCAAGGUACUGCAAGCGCUUUUAGAAGCUGAAAAUUGUACAUUGUUUUAGAGAAAGAAGUUUUGCUCAUAAAAUUUCAAAAAACCCCAAACCUGAUAGAUAAUCAUAGGAGGGUUUUUGAAAAAAUAAACGAAUAAUGUCUCAAUAAUUUUGGCCAAUCAUGAAUUCGAAUCGGCUGGUUUUAAAGUUUUCCAUAUUUUUUUCUUGCUAUAGAAACGUUUCUUAGUCAGUUCUCCAGUUUUCCGGAAGCAAAAGCAAAUUUUCUUGUUGUCUGUUGUAGCAAUAAUUGUAGCAAAAUUCUCAGAAAGUACAUUUUAAACACUCUUUUCCAGUCCUUGGCUGAAAUGAGAAACAAUCUAAAAAAAGAAAGAAGCUAAAAAAAACUCAAUAGUGUCAUAUCCAGUUUCGAGUUUUUCACAUUGCAAAUUACUUCUUAUUAGCUGAAAAGAAAAUUUUCACAUUCAGAACUUCGCUCAAAAACUGGUGGAUGCUGAUCGGGCAUCGCUAUUUCUAGUCGACGCGAAAAGCAAAGAAAUUUACGCCAGAAUAUUCGACGUUGGAACCGGGGAAGAAGAACAUUCAAGGCUGAGUGAUACUCCUCAAAAGGAAAUAAGGUAAUUCGAAAGCACUCUCCUGUGUAAAACGUUACCAAAAGCCAAGCCUAGAAAUUAAAUAUAGAAAGUUGGCAGUUUUUCAUUUUUCACAAUUCCAUUUGGUAGAUUUUUUUUUUUCGCAGGUUUGACAUAUCCAAAGGAAUAGCCGGCUACGUCGCAUCGACCGGCGAGGGGCUCAACAUCGAAGAAGCCUACGAAGACGAACGCUUCAACGCAGAAGUCGACUCGAAAACAGGCUACGUCACCAAGACCAUCCUCUGCAUGCCCAUUUUCAUCCGUGGAGCGUUGGUUCUCGAUCUGUUCUCCAGUGGACCGGCGGUUCAGAGUGAUCGGCGUGGUGCAGAUGGUGAACAAGCACACCGGCGUCUUCACCAAACAAGACGAGGAUUCCUUCGAGAUCUUCGCCGUUUAUUGCGGCCUCGCUCUUCAUCACGCCAAACUCUACGAUAAGAUACGCAGGAGUGAACAAGUCCUCGCCGGGAGUUUUGAUAAUCUCCAACCGAUUUUUCCAGAAGUACCGCGUUGCCCUGGAAGUCUUGGCGUAUCACAGCGUCUGCAACAAGGACGAAGUCAACAAACUGAAGAAGAUCCAAAUCAACGAACGUGUAAUGGAGCUGGAGACGUUUUUUCCAUCUUCUCGUGUUGUUUUUUAACUCUUGGCUUAAGCUUCGAUUUUAACGGCAUGAGGCUUUCCGAACUUGAGAAACCGCUGUACGCCGUCUACAUGUUCAGAACGUUGUUCUCCGAAACUUUGUAGGGUAGUCAGCACGACAAGGUGAAGGGAGGGAGUUUCAGACGUUUCGACGUGGAUGAUUUGACCCGCUUUGUGUUGACGGUGCGCAAGAACUACCGUCGCGUCGCCUACCACAACUGGGCUCACGGAUGGUCCGUGGCUCACGCCAUGUUUGUUCUGCUCAUGAAGAACAAAAGUCUCUUCACUCCUAACGAGGUCAUCAAAGGCUCCUUUUAAAUCAUUUUCUUCACUUUGAAAACCCUAGAGGGGUCGAGAAUGUGGUCCCUAUAGGGGUUAGGAUCUGACCCCUUAGCCCCUAAAGCUCAAGUGGACCCUAUCGGGGUCUCUCAAUUUCGUUCAAAAAGGUUAUUGUUUCUAUUUUUUCGCAUUGAAAUGCUUCUUCGCCUAGAGUUCACAAAAAUUAUCGACUACAAUGUCUCCUAUAGGGGCCACUUCUGCAAGCUUCAGUGACCCAUAUAGGGAUUGGUAAAGGGGGAGGAGACCCUCCGAGGGUCUCUAAUGUCGCCCCUAUAGGGAUUCCUAAGUACGUAGGGUCUCCAGAAUGAUACCCUCAACCCCUAACCCCUAUAGUGACCACUCUGGAAAUCCUAAGUGCAGUUCGUUUCGCUUGACGCACAAACACGACCAGUGACAGGCACGCUUAGAAAAAAAACUUUGUUCCCAGAAAACGGAAAAUAGUCAGCGGAAAGUUUGUUGAAAAAAACUUUGAUUUGAGGCUCUGGCUCUGUUUGUCUCUUGCCUGUGCCACGACCUGGACCACCGAGGCAAGAACAACGCCUACAUGAAGACGAUGAGCACUCCGCUGGCGGCCAUCUACACGACGUCGGUGAUGGAGCACCACCAUUUCAACCAGACCGUCACCAUCCUCCAGCAGGUUCAGAGCCCCUGCGGCAUUCAUUCUGAAACGUUUCCAGGACGGCCACAACAUUUUGAAGUCCCUCACUUCGGAUGAAUACAAACAGACUUUAGGCCUCAUCAAGGUCUGCUUUUUCCAUAACGGAAAAAAAAAUUCUUUCUAGCAUUGUAUACUGGCGACAGAUCUAGCUUUAUUCUUCGCUAACAAGGCUCGUCUCAACAAGAUAGUUGACGCCGGGGACUUCGACAUCACCUCCCCAGACCACAGGUUUCUUUUGUUUCGUUUUCCUUCGAACACUGAGUGUAUUCGAGGAGCCUGACCCAAGCCGUCCUGAUGACUGGAUGCGACUUGAUCGCCUCGGCCAAGCCCUGGAGCAUACAGACAGAGACCGUCAAAGUCAUCUUUGAAGAGUUCUACGACCAGGUCUCUUUUCCUAGCAAAAAAAGGACUCUUUCCGUUUCAAAGCUUCAAAAGUUAUGACCUUCAACAUUUGAGGUUGACGCACUACCUUGUAAAGUUUUUCAUUUUGAACCGAACGGUCUACUCGAAAAUGCACAGAUAUUGAAGAAAAACGCGAUUUUUUCUCCACUUUUUAAUGUUAAAAUAUGCUUUGGAUUGGUGUACAGACAAACGUCUACAGUAACCGUGAACGCGAAUUUGCGGACUUGUCGUUAGACUCGCAUUUUGUGAGAAAGAACUGGAUAUCUGCUUCAAAAUAAGGGUUUCAUUUCUGAAAAAAAAGCCGCGAUAAUUAAGGGUACACAAAAAAUCGCUGAAUAUGUGUAAAUUCGUCAAUUUCCAUCAGAGAAGCAUUUUGGGAUCAAAAUCCGAAAUUAUACAUAAAUAGAAAUUUUUCGUGACGAAAAAGCUUUGAUGACAACAGAAAAAAUUGAAAUUGGAAAGAAGCGAAAAAGCGAAAAUCCGAAAAAUGGCGAAGCGUGUUAUUCAUAGAGCAACUUUACUGCAAAACGUCCUUUUGGCGGGAACUCAAACUUUUCUCUCUCCGACUUUGAAUUAUUUUUUCUCCAAAAAUAGGUUUUGCUUCACGUUUCCAAGUUCGCCAUUUGACCGGCAAGAAAGAGCUUUACAAAAUGACGUAUUUGCCUCCAACUCCAUUUUUUACUGCCCAUAGGCCUUUAAUCACCAAACGAUGGUUGCAGGGCGACGCGGAGCGCCUGAGCGGCAAGCAGCCGAUGGCGAUGAUGGACCGGCAACAGGCGCACCAACUGCCGCAGAUGCAGGUCGGCUUCAUGCGCGGCAUCUGUUUGCCCUGUUACGAACUUAUCGGGAAGGUUCUGCCGCGGGCGAUUUCUCUCCGCGACCGUUGCGAGUCAGUUUCUCUUCAUCCAAAACAGAUUUCUCGGAGAAAUUGUUUUUGAACAUUCUGAAAUCAGUCCGAAGUAAUUAACGACUGGCUUGAGCCAUCGAAAAAUGGGUUCUGACACGAAAGAAAAAUAGAGCAGAAGAAGCUGAAACUCUCUGAAAUUGACGACCCAAAACCAACUCGUUUCGAUUAUUCAACCAAGUGCAUUCCCAUAAAUCGGAUUCUUUCAAACAGGUACAACGCAACCAAAUGGGAGGAGCUGGCGACUGAACAGAAAAAAUCGGAAGAAAAGCUUUCCACCUAA